AAAGUGUCAAGCCGAGGCUCUUCGCAAAUGCCGUGGUUCUCGCCGCUGCCACCGCAUCGCCAUCUCGUGACACCCGCUAUUGGUUGUCUACGUGCUGCGAUUCAAUUUACGAACGACUCUCGGUCACAACCGCAGGGUAGUCAUGGAAGAGGCCUGUUGACGUCAAAGGUUGUCCCAAGGCUAUCAAUCUUCACUGAUGACCAUUUCGGGUCACACGAAAGUUUACCCAAAAAGGUCCGUUGCGACAACUGGUUAAUGUUUGCCGCAGGCUCAGGCGAAGCUUAUCACCCUGUCUCCGGCGGUCGAGUCGAAUUGGUGUACUUGCCCUCUAAUCGCUAUGGCUGAUGAGGUCGGCAUCCUGCUCAGCAAUGGAUGUCGGAUCACACAUGGCCGGGGAGCCAACGUAAAGAGUCCCUUUCCCAAGAUGAUGCCUGGCCUGGUCAUGCACGAGUUGUCGCCUUCCAAUACACAAGGCUUCAAGGGCCAGCUUGGGUUCAUCGAAUUCGAUACAGAGAUGCGGCUACCAAGACAUAUCCACAUAGAUCCUUCCAAGCAGAGACUGGUCGACGAACGCAUUAUGGUACUUCAUGGGGUCGGCCGAGUCGAAUUGACCGGCGAGAUCUUCGCCGUCGCUCCUGGUUCGUUGGUGGAUGCCGUUGGUGGUGUCCCACACACCUGGACAGCUUGUCCGGCCGGCGUCCGACUCUCCAACGGCACAGUGUCAACCGGCACGUUUACUAUGGUAUAUGAGUACGAAGAGCCAACGUCUUUCUUCCCAACAGUAUCAACCGAGAGGAUUUCCCACGUAUCACAAUACCAAGCUUACAGUGGAGACCUUGAGGAGAUACGCUUUCCUAGAUUGAGCGCCGAGCAGGUCGUCGCAAAGGCCAGGACUAUCCUAAAUCACGCUGCAGGUGGUCUCGAGGUGGCAUAGGAAGACUGCCUAUUUCUUUUUUCCAAUCUUGAGUUUCCGUAGCAUUAUGAUGCACUUUUCUAUUUAGCCCAAGAGAAGCGUCCAAGACUUUGCGCGUUUUGCACCAGACUACUGGGGCCUCACUACUGCAGCCGAGGCAUCGACGCGCGCGAAGCUAACGUUCUGCCCAGAAGCCAAAUCUUGGACCCAAGCAUCUUGCAGAUUGCAAUAAUGCCCAUUCUAACAAUUUGGCUAAAACCCGCCGAUCUGGCACUCAUUUAGCCUGAGACCGUGACUGGGACUCUUGAGCUCACCGUCCCAAACUUUCCUCUAUCCCCGCACGCAACAUCUGCACCCCGGACUCCUUCCCCAGACGCA